UAUGUUUAUAUUUAUAUAUGCAUCAGAUAUCCAUAGCCAAUAUAAUAACGAAUACUUUUUAAUAUUUCGGAAAACUUAUUCGAUCCAGCGGUGCAUAAUGUGAGGAUAAGAUGAGAUAUACAAGUGUUCCAAAUUCUAACGCGUUUUUGAAAAUUUAGCAAAAAUAUGGUUAACCGGAAAUAGGAUCCCAUCGACAAUUUGCGGUGGACCGCUUUCAGACGACAUAUACGAGUUAAUGGAUGUCCAUUUUCACUGGGGCGAAGACAAUUGCAAAGGUGCCGAGCACACAAUCAACGAUACUUGGUAAAACAAAGAAGAAAUUAAAUUUCACGUUCCUUUUUAUUACAUAUACGAUUUUUGCGCUAUCAAGGUAUUCGAUGGAAAGUCACGUGGUACACUGGAACAGAAAAUAUGUAACCGUGGAAGAAUGUUUCAGACAUAAGGACGGAUUCUGCAUUUUGGCAUACCUAUUUCUAGUCCAACCAGAUUGUUGUAAUUGCAUUAAUCCUCAAUUGGAAAGGAUAACGGAGCACUUGAAGUAUAUUCCAGAUCCAGACAUGGAAACGAAAAUACCACCUAACUGUUUAGCAUGGAUGCGCUGGUCAACGUAUUGCACUAGAUACUAUACUUACGCAGGAUCGUACAAUAUCGGUGAAUAUUCAGAGUGCGUUACUUGGAUUGUAUUUCCUGUAGUUAUACCUAUACGAGCCAGCGAAAUAAAAGAAUUUCGAAGACUGAGAGAUAGAGAUGGAAACGACAUAAAGACAAAUUGGCGAGAAAUACAAUUACUGAAAUGCAGGCAAAUCUUUUUAGCAAUCUCUUAAGUUAAUUUCAAGUCACAAUCGUUCUGUGUCUAUCCUUUUCUGGUACAUUCUGGUAAAAUAUACGAGGAAACAGUAAAUCGUU